AUGGAUAAGAUAGUACCUUUCUCUUCUUUAACGCCUGCGAAGCAGGAGGAACUUCUGAACGAGCCUGCAAAACAGCCUCCGGACGGAAUACAGUCCAACUUGACGAAUCCACAAAACUUCAAUAAUGGCGGCUUCGUAUUGACGUCGUUUUGUUUGGCUAUUGCAACGGCAUUCGUAUUUAUGCGUCUUUACGCGAAAGUCUUCCUCAUCGGGCGGGUACGAAUCGAAGACUAUCUCCUUGCUGACAUAAGCAUCUUUGUAGGCAUAGCCUAUUGUAUCUACAGAUUAAUCAUCAAUGUCGGGUUUCGUAUUCACCAAUGGGACGUUCGUCUUAGCAGUAUGAGCGAGCAUCUAUACGUCAUGCAUCUCUGUAUCAACCUUUAUUCCGCUCACUUACUGGUCACGAAAACGGCCAUCCUCCUGGAAUGGAUUCAUAUAUUUGUCCCGGAUGGGCGUCGCAGUUCCUUCUUUUGGGCCUGUUGCUGCCUUAUUUGGGCCAACAUCAUUUUCUACAGCGUGGUGAUUAUAGUAGCUAAUCUUGUGUGCAUUCCCAUCCAAAAAAUCUGGGAUAAGACGGUUGAUGGAGAAUGCAAUAGCGAUGCAAACUUUCUUAAUAUUCUCUCCGCCUCGCUCAAUUUAGCCUUCGAUAUUUUUAUCCUAGUCCUCCCACAGCCCGUUAUUUGGAAACUACACAUGCCGAAAACGAAGAAAAUUGGCGUGUCGGUUGUUUUUGCUAUUGGCAUCUUAGCUACUAUUGCUUCUUGCUUCCGGGUUGCAGAUUCUCUACAGUACCGCUCGGGAGAUUUAACCUACGUCGCUUCUGAUCUAGUAAUAUGGUCAUUAGUUGAGAUGACAUGUUCAUUCUUGGUCUUCUGUGUGCCUAUUAUUCCUAGAAUGUGGAAUGGCUCCUGCACCCGAGACCCAACAGUGAUGAGAAUGUGGUGCAAUAGAUCUAUACUCCGGACUCAUCCCCUACAUCAUCUUCUACGGAGGCGUAUUAACGGAGCCUGGAGCAGAUGCCGGGAUUAUUGGAAGAUUAAUAAGAUUCUCUCAUUCUCCAGAGAUGGCAAUUACGAAGAGAACACGGAUCUAGGGUGGCCGCUGGACCAAUUUCGAGGGAUUAUAUGCACUAGAGAAAUCAUAAGUACGGUUGAGGAUGCCUCGAGCUUUAAUAUAGAGACCGAUGGACGGAGUGAAUCUUGCCCAUGGACUGAACCGGUUUAG